GCAGAAUUGGGACAGAACCACCAGCCCAGUCAAAUGCAGCUUGACUCUCCAUUGCCAAUGUCACAGAACUUGAUUAUGGAGCCUUUAAGAACAUGGAGAUCAUUUCUAACGUUGUAAACAAGUUCUUUCAGCUCUCCAGUCAAUAUAAUGUAAGAAGGACAAAGAAAAUGGAGGAGAAAGCUCUAGAAGUGUAUGAUGUCAUUCGAACCAUCCGAGAUCCGGAGAAACCCAAUACCCUGGAGGAGCUGGACGUGGUGACUGAAAAAUGUGUAGAAGUUCAAGACCUCGGCGACGACGAGUAUCUCAUCAUUAUCAAGUUCUCCCCGACGGUGCCACACUGUUCUCUGGCCACACUGAUAGGUCUUUGCUUACAAGUGAAACUACAGCGAUGUCUUCCAUUUAAACACAAGCUUGAAAUCUACAUUACUGAGGGAACACAUUCAACUGAGGAAGACAUUAACAAACAGAUCAACGAUAAAGAGCGGGUAGCGGCAGCGAUGGAGAACCCUAACCUGCGGGAAAUAGUGGAACAGUGCGUUACUGAGUCAGACGACUGAAGCGUCAUCAUCAGGCACGACGUCACGAGCUUCUCUGUAUUUUUAACAGCAUGCAGAAUCAUAACAGAGACGCUGGAACGGAACGAUCUGCUUAAUGUUGACUUUCUGUCCUCUGCAAGCAGCAGACGAAGCCACGGGACAAUCUUAAACAAAGCGAUAAGCUCUGUUGUUUAGUGACGGCUGUCUGUCACAGGGAGCUUCUCAGGGACACAAAAUAACACAUUUAUGGCAAAUUAACACAUUUAGACCAAACCAUGGCUUGUCUAAUGCCCCCGGAGUGUUAUAAUAAUCUAGUCUAGAGUUGAAGAUAACUCUGCUACUUGAAUUCCGAUUGUUCUCUUUCCAACUUUUUUGUUUUGUUUUGUUUUAUUCUGGUAUUUCAUCACACAACAGUUGAAAUACUAUGAAAUUCCUGUAUAUUGCUGUAGAAUUAAAUCGAAAAUAGAAUAUAGAUUUUUGUGUUAUUUACUAAUUUCAGUCAGUCAGGCAUCAAAUUCCUGUCCCACAAAUCAGUCAUCAUCCUAAACCAUCGUUUAUUGUAUCGUGAUUAUUGAAAUUUCCCAGCUGUAAUGUUAUGGCUUGCGAACCUUCCUUAUCGAAGUCUGUUCAGCUUUUUUUUUUUUUUUAAUCACAUGUAAAAAAAAAUAACUGAUUAAAAGCAUAUUACAUCA